AUGAGUAGUCAAGACAAUAAUGACAACAGACCUAAACGCAAGGAAGAAGAAGAGGAUGACGAUGAUGAUUCAUCCGAUGAAGAUUACGUCCCAGGAAACAAUGCCCAAGUAGACAAUGAUGACGAUGAAGAUGAUGACGAUUACAAAGAUGAUGAAGAAACACAGAAAACUGUCCAGGAAAUCAAGAAAGCAGGGUACAGUAAGAUCGAAAGUAGCGAAGGUGGGCUAAUCAAGACAAGAAACCAACGUUUGCAAGAACAGCAGCAGAAACAAGACAAUCAGCAUUUGGCUCUUCUAAACGAACCAGCCAACCCGACAUCGGUAGAUAUAGACUCCAUUUGGGAUGAAAUGAAGAGCAACACCAAUGCUUCAGCCAUAAAACCGGCCCUGGUUUCUGACAAUACCACUACCCCAAUCGCUACCACCCCAUCCAUCGAAGAAGAAAAAAUCAAAAUCACCAGAACCUACGAAUACGCCGGAGAAACCAUCAGUGAGGACAAAUGGGUACUAAAGUCUUCGGCCGAAGCCAAAGCUUACCACAAUUCCCUUAAGAUUGAAGCCUCUUCUAUAACAAAAGAUAGUACUCCAGAAUCCUCAAGCGAUACAACCCCAAAGCCACUGGCCAGCAUUAAUAACAAACCACCCCCAAGAAAACGUCGGGCCAAGAAAUCAAUUGUUGAUAAUAUCAUUAAAAGUUCAAAAAUGGCAAAAAUCAGCACCCUUGAAAAAUCGCGAUUAGACUGGGCAAAUUAUGUCGAUUCUAAUAAACUCAAUGAUGAAUUGCGGAAACAUAACAAAGAUGGGUACCUCAGUAAACAAGAUUUCCUCAGUAGAGUCGAGUCAAAUAUUGAUAACAAAAUCAAAGAAUCAAAAAAAUGA